AUGGGGAACCUCCACUACACCUUCGAUCAGAGCUACUACACCUUCAUGGGAAACUGCACCUACGUCAUGGCCAAGAACUGCCACGUUGAUGCUGCCCUGCCAGCCUUCGAGGUGGACACCAAGAACGUCAACGCGGACAGCAGCGUACUGGUCCCAUCGGUGGGGACGAUCAGCAUCAACGUUUACGGGUUCAACAUCGAAAUAGUUCAGUCCGAGUUUGGUUUGGUCCGGGUGAAUUACCAACAAUGGAACCUCCCGAUCAACCUGAACAACGGCCAGGUGAAGUUCUACCAGCAGGGUCUGUUUGUGGUUGUGGAGGCAGAUUUCGGCCUGACGGUGCAGUACGACUGGAACCAGUACCUUGCCAUCACAGUGCCGGGGAGUUUUGCCGGCAGUGUUUGCGGCCUGUGUGGGAACUUCAACAGCAAAAAGGAGGACGACCUGACGACCCCCAGCGGUUCGGUGGCCAGCAGUGUAGCAGCACUGGGAGCUAGCUGGAAGGUUCCUGACGCUACAAAUGACGCCUAUUGCCAAGACGAAUGUGGCAGCCAGUGUGCCGACUGUUCUCUCGGCGUAGAUCAGAAACUAGAAACGCAAAUCUUCUGCAGCGGCCUGAUACCAAAUUACGCCGAGCUCUUAGGCUGUCAACUCAACAUUGACUCCAGCGAGUUUGAAACCAACUGCAUGAUCAACCUCUGCAGGGGUGAAGACAUGACUACGUACCUUUGUAACUCUCUUCAAGGCUACGCUGACAUCUGCCAGAUGUCAGGGGUCAAAAGUAUAAACUGGAGAGCUUCUGCUCAGUGCCCUGUACCCACCUGCCCGGCAAACAGUCACUAUGAGUUCUGUGGGAGCGCCUGCCCCGCCACAUGUGCAAACAGAAACUCGGCCUGUAACAGCAGCUGCGUGGAGGCUUGUGUCUGCAACGACGGUUUCAUCCUCAGCGGCUCCCAGUGUGUCCCCGAAGCUCAGUGCGGCUGCACGUACGAAGGCCGCUACGUGGAAGCUGAAACGUCUUUCUGGGGCGACGAGACCUGCACCGAGCUCUACACGUGCUCGGCCGGCGGAGGUUUGUCCAGCAGCCAGACCGGGUGUCCUUCAGGGCAGCAGUGCCAGGUGGUGGCCGGCCUCCGAGGCUGUUAUGCCCUCAGCUACGCCACGUGCAUGGUGUCCGGUGACCCGCACUUUGUGACCUUUGACGGGCAGCGCUUCAACUUCCAGGGCACCUGCGUAUACGAGAUGGCCAGCGUCUCCUCCAACCAAACCAGCCUGGAACAUUUCAGCGUUGUGUUGCAGAGCAGCGGCCAAGAUAAGAGGAUCGGGUCCGUCGUCCAGCUGGUGGAGGUCAUGGUGUACGGUUACAACUUUACCAUCAGCAAAGAGUACCCUGGUGCUGUUGUGGUCAAUGGUGAGCUUUCCAACCUCCCUAUGACUCUGGAAAACAAUAAACUCCAUCUCUACACCAGCGGCUGGUUUGCUGUGAUCGAGACAGACUUUGGCGCAAAGGUCUACUACGACUGGAACAGCGUAGCGUUCGUCAUCGUCCCCAGCACGUACGUGGGAGCCAUGCAGGGUCUCUGCGGCAACUACAACCUCAACCUUAAGGACGACAUGCAGAUGAGAGACGGACGUCAAGCCUCCACCUCUGAGGAGCUCGGCCAAAGCUGGAAGCUGGCCUCCGUCCCCGGCUGCGUUGACGGCUGCAGCAGCCCCUGUCCGGGCUGCAACAGCACCCAGACGGCUCUGUACAACACCAGCAGCUACUGCGGCCUCAUCAGCGACCCCGCAGGCCCGUUCCGUGACUGCCACUCCACAAUCGACCCCACAGGUUUCCUGAAUGACUGCCUGUAUGACGUCUGCCUGUACCAGGGCAGCGGCAGCAUGCAGUGCAAGACUUUGACUGCGUAUACAGCCGCCUGCCAGCUACAAGGCGUCACCGUUUACCCCUGGAGGUCGGCUCAGUUCUGUGGUAAGAUCAUGGACGAAUCACUGUGA